UUGUGUUUGAAGGUGCUGUUUCAUUUCCUCUUUCUUUUCUUAAAAGCAAAGUAACACAAAGUGUUCACACACAAAGUGCUGUGCUUCAAAGUUGACCCUGUCUCCUUUCCCAUCAUGUGGGUGAUUGUGCUGCUGUUGUGUUGAAUGGUCGACGUUGGUUGUGUACCGGUGUUGUCUUUAAUUUUCCUGUGGAGCGGCGACCUCAGUGAAACAAGGCUUUCCUCCGACGGCCGCGGCAACGGCCAGGCAUCCCAGAGCGCCUCGCCAGCGGCUCAUCUGCAGUGGGCCUACGAGUACCAGAGCGGCAGCGACUCGGACGCAGACCGACCGGACCCGGACCUCGUCCUGGAUGACCUGGCCAGCAGACGCUUCCACAGCCCCUCCCCGGCUCUUCCCACCAACUUUGCCGUGCCCGUCAGUCCCCUGGUGGCGGGACGGGCGCCUGGGGCCAGCGGGGGCCCCUGGCCUAAGGUCACUAUGACUCCCAAUGUUGCCCCUCAACAGAAUGUGACCGGCCUCAGCAGCGUCAACAGUGGGGGUGUGCGGCCCCCCCGGCAGGACACCGUGAGGGUGGACCACCGCCGGCCCUUGUCCGCGGACAGCCUGUUCAGAGAGAUUUACGACGACUCCGAGGACGAGGACGACGAGGUGGGCUACGCUGACCCCGUCCAGGAUGACCUCUACUCCCGCAAGAUGGGCGUCAAUCCCCAGCCCGUGGCCAAAGUGCAUGACAAGUUCUUGCCAAAGUUCUGGACGCCCGAAGAAGAUGUUCACAUACAGAAGAUCAAACUGGGCUCUCAGAGGAGACCCUGGUACAAGAAGAUGCAAGGCUUCAGCUAUAAGAAGUCGGGCUCUUCGUCGGACGAUUCCGACUGUGACGUCAGCCCUUGGCUCUCCUCUGCCCGCUCUCCCUCCGGCCCCUCCCCCUCUCACCCCCACACGCACGAGGCCUCGGCUCGCGCCACCCUUGUUGUGGGGAAAAGUCCUCGCUUUCAAGCACACACUCUCCCACAUCUCCCCGAGAUACAGCCCCCCUUGUUAAUGACCCCCCCUCUGGCGUUUGCCCCAGUGGACCCCGCCUCUGGGCCCAGACUGGUCAAAUGUGAGCGGUGGCCCCUCCUGGGGCGCCAAGACCCCUGUGAGCCCCCGGACCCCUUCGAUUAUGAGAGCAUUUCCCCCGACCUGGAGAACGACGACAUGUUCACCAGGCGAACCCUGGCCUUCCAGUCCAACACGGACAUGGCCAUGAUAAAGACCCAGCUGUCGGCCAACCACCGUCCCUACUCGUCAGAGCCGCAGCUCAACAUCGUCACCCAGCGGCACGGCAGCGCCAGCGACGAUGAGAACCACUACCCCGAUAUCGAGCAGGACGACGUGGUCUAUCGCAAGGAGAAAACCCAGCAGGCUCAGCAACAGCGGCCUCUCUCGGGAGCACCGGACAACUACGCCCCCAUGCCCGUCCCGGAGCCGUGGGCUCUGCCUCCCGAUCUCAAGGCCAGACUCCUGUGCCCCCCGUGUCCUCUGACCCGGGAGGCAGCAGCACAUAAACCGAAUCAGGCUGAGGCGCGUCCUAAAACAGAUGACAUGCUCGUCCGGAAACUCUGUUCCGAUCAGAGCCAGAGCUCACAGAGAGACCCGUCGGCCAGUCAGAUGGUGCCCUCAGUGCCGUCCUCCUGCAGCGAAGGCGACCUGCAGAGAAUGCAGGAGAUCAGGGAAGCCAGUCGGCUGAGAUACAAGAAGAGGCUCAUGGUGGAGAGGCUGGCUGCUCUGAAGUUGUAAAGACAGAUCAUGCCUGUUAGUUCCUCCUGACUUUGUAGAGUGUGAAAACUCAUUAGUGCCAUUUCAGAAUUGGAAUAUUUUCUUUCAGAUAGGGAAGCGGUCCAGACUGCAUGUCGAUCCAACUUGUAAGCAACUGGUCUGAAGGCCAUCUCUUCAAGCUCUUCUUUAUGAAAACGAGUAGGUGCCUUCAGCAUUCACUGGGUCUGUCACAUAGACUGCAACGAAGGCACGGCAAGAGCUCUGAACUUUUUCCUGUUUUAAAUGUUUGUUGUUACCUCAAAAUUGAAAGUCUUUUUCCAGUCAAUAAGAAACCGCAGUCAAAGUCCCGAUGACAUUGGUUGUGGUUUUUCUGCAUGAUGGAGGUAUGGUUCAUUUUAUCAUAGCAACACGUGGUAUGUACAUGCUGAGUGGAUGGGGAGACUGUGCAUGGAAACCUACCACUACUGUGUUUUUGAAGUGUGAUUUUUGAACAAACACUAUCAAUAUUGUUUGGUACAUCAUGAGCUCUGUUAAAACAGACCUGAGUUCUGCAUUUAGUCUUUGGUUUUGUUUUCCUGUCAGACCGAGUUUGCCUGUGAAUGAAAAAAAAAAAUACAAGCUUAAUAAAGAAAAUAAGAGACUUCGUGCUCUCGUGAUGGAAUGUGUGGCCAUUUGUUGACCUCACCUACAGUAACACGGACCUGUCCAGAGUUCAGUGUUGUUUUCCUCAGGAGAGGGAACUUCACACUGAUAUGUGAAGCUCCAAGUCCAGCAGCACGAGAGUGUGGAAAGGUUCAAGCCUGAGUAAUAUCCGAACAUAGCGUCCUGAACACGCUUACAGCGCUGAGCUGGGGCGAUUAGAAAUGCAGUCGAGUCUGUUGAACCGAUUUGAAAAAGCCUGUAGAAAUUCCCCACGGCUCCGAGGGAAGAUGCGACUCGUGGACUCCAUGGUAACCUGAACACAAAUAUGUACUGCAGCGUUUGCACAUGAACAGACACACACACACACACACAAGCACGCACAAAGCAACCAUUUAACCUGAGUCAAGGCCAUCUGGAUUUACUUCACUUCCAUAUGUUAAAGCUGCGUCACCAGUGUUGGAGUCUCCAAAAAGGCAGCAUUGUUUAGAGAGACAUGCAUGUCUGCACAACUCCCCAUACAAAUGUCAGGGAAAGGAAAGUUGAUACCGUGCUGUAAGCGCACUAUAUACACACCUUUAAAGGGACAGUUCACCCCAGAAUCAAAGAUGAUUUAGGCUGUAGUGCAAGUAAGAGUAAAAUAUGUAUCUUUGAUUUUGGGGUGAACUGUACUUUUAAACUCUAACCUCUUCAGUGUAUGAAAUGAAAACCAGCCGCGUCAUAUUUUAGCUGGGUUCACAUACAUUUGUGGCCCAACACCAGCUGGUGGGGGAUGAUCCGGUCUGAGAGUGACUAAUCGCAGCUCUUGACCGGGCCACUCUCACACACUCGCUGUCAAAGGCUCCCUCCACAGAAAUGUGACUUUGUUUGUGUUUGGCUCUCUCCGGUUCCUCAGACAGCAGCAAGCG